AUUCGACUCAUCCUUUGUAUACAGCAUUGCCAUGGCUUCUGCAUCGAGAGGUCGACUACUAGAGCUUGCAAAGCUCCAAUGCUCAAUAUUCUCUACAACUUUCAACCCUAAUCAACAGCGAUUGGGCAACAAAAUCCUCCGUGCCAGAUUACGAGGCCCCGCACUGGCCGCAUACUAUCCAAGAAGGUCAACUACAGUGGAGGACAUGCUGAAUCGAUUCAAGAAGUUCGGCUUGGAAGGAUACAAUGAAGAUGAGGAGCACAGAUUUGAAAACAUACAGGUCGCCAAACUCAGAGGCAAGGGCGCUCCCAAGAAGAAGAGAACGGCUGCCGAGAGUCGGGCCAACAAAGGCAAAAGGUAGCAGAUUGUUCAGGGAGAUUCUCAAGAUAUGUAUACCAGGGUACCCAGGUGAAGAAGGAAUACUCAAAUCAUGACCAAACAGUUCUGUUCGGUAUCCAUAUCGGCAGCUUCAUUUGCUACCUGUUGUGCGCCUACGGCGCCAACACCACAUGCCACCCGUUCAUUUUAGUGACUCCGUGAACGGAAAGACCAUCUCCACUGGCAUUCCACACCCGUGAGGCGGCUGAAGGGGUUUCCCGAUGAGAGGCUGGGAAUGAACUCGAACUGCUAUGUUCUUGUAGCUUGUCGCAUGGGCAAGUAUUUCUUGCAACGAUGAGGCGAAGAAGAGCGGAACGGGUUUAAGCAUUAGAAUUGUGGCCUUGCAGCGAAUCGUGCAGACCCUGGAAGUGGUAGCAUUAUCUACAUUUACAGAGACAUUUAUGGGAGAGGUGGCAACAUGCA